UUUAUGUGGAAUCUGUCGAAAAAAAGGACAUAACAGAAACACAUGCCUGAGACAAUUCGGUAUCAACACAGCAUUUUACAAUGAUGAAGAUAUGGUAUUGAAUAGAAUGGGAAAAACUUUAGUACUCUGGCAAUUAUAUAAAAUCAUCAGAAACAGACCUUCCGAAGGAAGAACAUGUACAUAUUGUGGUGCAUUAGGUCAUAAUAGAAGAAAAUGUCCUUGGAGAAAUGAUCAAGGCAGAAACUUGCAAAAUGUAGCUGAAAUAAGAGCUGCAGCAAAAAAAUAUUUUGAAGCACUAUAUUAUCCCAUACGGAUGUGUGGUUGGUGUGGUGCUAUCGGUCAUAACAGAAAAAAUUGUCCUGUUCAUAAAGCUAGAGGAGCUGAGAUAGAUAACGAUCAUAAAAGAGUAUUAAUAGAGG